CGUUGAAUUUACAGGGGAAAAACUGGGAAAACGUUGAGGAAUCCGCCCCGAUCUCUAUCGGGCCGAUCGUAGGGGCGUGGAUCGUUUCGCGAUCGGCUCCAGGAGUGUCGUGAGUUUAAUACGUUGUGUAAAAGAGUGUCGAACUGCAUGGGCGCAUCACGGGCGCAGCAGGGAUAUCGACAUUUUCGGCUAGGGGCGCAUUCGGGGCCAGGCCUUCCCCGAUCUGCAGUAUCCAUGGCUACGUGGGAGAUGAAUUCACGCGAAAGUACGGCGAUGCCGUAACCGGGAAAACGUUGUCGAGAGUGAACUUGGCCAUCUUUAAAAUUUGAAUUAACGUACCUUAACGGUUCACAUACCCUUUGAGAGUCCUGACGCGAUUUCUUAUCCGGAGCUACGGUGGGUUCACAGAGUGUGAUGUUGUGAUUUUUUGACAAGGGUGGAGAGUACCAUUUUACAUCCUUUAUUAUUUUAUGUUUAAUCCUUUUUUGUCUCUUUUAAUUCACUACGGCUCUCUCUAAGGAAGCCAGCAAUACUUUGGCGGUUUUUCCUCCGGUUCUUGUCUCUGCGCGAUGUUCUAUGUUGUUGUGCAUCAUCCCUGUGUCGCGUUGUGUCGCCUCUUCAGUUUACACAAACUUUUGAAUGAGGAUCAACCCUUAGUAUCCGGUAUAAAUAAGUGAGAGAAAGUGUGAAUUUGUCAACCCCCAAGCGGAAUUAUUCCAACACUCGUGCGAUGAUGCCACGGAGAAGCUGAUAAUCUCAGGAGGCAGCAAUGAUGUGACAAUAAAGAUAUCUUCUUCUGUUCUCUGAUCGGGGACCACUCCCUGUUUACAGUGCUUCCCAAGAAACCAAGAAAACGCAAGAAAAAGAAAAUAGACUCACCGAACAGGUGAUAGCUUCGGUGCCAAAAUCGAAAAUUAAAAUAUACACAGUGUCAAAGAAAGAGAGCGUGAUACGGAAGAGAUAUCAGUGGAUUGUAAUAACAGGAACCGGAAGAGACUCGCAGAAACGUAAGGUCAGGAAUGUAUUAAAAAAAAAAAAAAAAAAAACUCAAGCAAACUGUAUACAGCAAAGAAAAACUGACUGCCAAGAUCCUAAAGAAUCAAGAGCAAGGUGAUCAAGAAGCAAAUAAGGUGGAGGCGUCCUAAAGAUAGAAGAAGAAGCAAAGAAAACUGGAAGUUGAAGAAUAAAAUGGGCAACAAGCUGUCCUGCAGCUGCGCACCCUUGAUAAGAAAGGCGUACCGUUACGAAGAUUCGCCAUGGCAGGCCGGUGCCAGGGGCGGCGUAGGCACCGGUGGAGGCCGCAGGGGCGACACUGGUCACUUGCUCAGGUGCGGAAGCUUAAGAGAGAGGAAGAGACUCUGGGCCGAAGUUUUUCACGUGAGCGCAAGUGGGGCCGGAACUGUAAAGUGGCAGCAAAUCUCAGAAGACCUGGUCCCUGUGAACAUUACCUGCGUGCAGGAUUCACCUGAGUGCAUCUUCCAUAUCACGGCUUACAAUAGUCAGGUGGAUAAGAUCCUGGACGUGCGACUUGUGCAGCCAGGUACAAGAAUUGGCCAAGCAUCUGAGUGCUUUGUCUAUUGGAAAGACACAAUGACCAACGACACUUGGGGACUGAACUUCACCUCACCGAUCGAUGCUAAACAGUUUCGCGAAUGCUGCUCGCCGUCGUUCAAGUUCUCCAGGAAGGCCUCCUCGUCCUAUUCCUUGAAGCUGGAACCGCCGAACAAGCAGAAGAUAAAGACAAGGAGAAAGACCCUAUCUACUCCAGCCUCACCAAGCAGAUCAAGAGAACCUCAGUGUACUUGUAUGACCCCGGAACAAUUUGCACGGCUGCGUAGUCAAGACCCUAGAUACAGAGGUACUUGCGGUGGUUCCUCCACGUUACCAAGGACCAUGGCUCGCUCGACUGAAAUGGAGAUGACACCUGGACGAGAUAAGAUUACAGCGGCUACGUCCAGCGCGUCACUCUACGACAAUGUGACCAAUGCGAAUGCCACACCCGGGAAGACGGCAAAGAGCGGAGACUCGAUUAAGCAGAAGGAGAAGCAACAGCAAAAUGAGACCUGUCAAACAACACCAAAAACAGCAAACGUGGCAAUUGGCACGGCUACAGUUGGUUCUCAGAUUGAUAGUCCGGAAGAGAAGGGUCCAGCGAUCUCGCCCAAAAAGGGCCAGAAACAGAGUCAGGACUCGUCGACUCAGCAAAAUGGAACUGAAAGGGAGACAUUGAAGUCCGAGGGUACACAGGCUGGUGGAACGUUGCAGAACAAGUCAAUGCGCAAGGAGCAACUUCAUCAUACAAAGUCAGCGGACUACACUGAAUUGGAAAUGGAGAAUGGAAAUAUAUUCAAUAUAGUGAACAAUAAUCAUAACGGUAGAAAGUCGAAAAGCAAGAGCACCGAUGACAUGAGAAUUGAAAAUGCUCAAAACGGUGGAAUCAGUUUGGAUUCCAAUACUCUGAAGAGAAUGCUGAAGCCCAUGUCAAGUAUCGACAGUCCUGUCACGUCUCCUGAAAUGACUAGAAAGAGGCACAGUCAUCACAGCUAUCAUUAUCAUCCUAACAAUAACAAUCAGAAGUACAUGUCCGAGGCUGAGAAUGAAAAUUACUCGAAUCCUUACAGAAGCUCGUACAACAACAAGUUCCAGGGUUCGCGAAGCGCUCACGACAUGGGAAGACAGUAUACUGGUGGUAGAACCAGGACGUACUUGGACAUGGAACGUAAUCGGUGCACAGGUGACAUGUCGCCGCCUUCGGACAACGUCAUAUUCGACAACCAAUGCUACGCGACAACUCCGAGCUCGUCGAAUGGGAAUUCCGACAUGGAGCAAUCGAAUCAUUGCAACUCCAGACGAUGUAACAACGGUCAAACAUAUCAGCAACAGAACAUGCAGUCGGUGUCUACGCCAGGAAGUCCCACCAGUAGGCUUCUUCUUGAAUACGAGAUGCACCUCAGGAAUACACUUGCCAAAGGAAUGGACGCCGAAAGUUACAGUCUUCAUACGUUUGAAGCUUUGCUCACUCAGAGUAUGGAAAAUCUUGAAUUCGCUGAGAAUAUUCCUUUGAACGUUCAACGCACGCCCCACGUUUCGCGUAGACGAUCCAGCAGCAAUAAAUCAUCCACGCUUCCAUUGUCCUAUCGCUACUGUAACGAGAGACAGAACAGUAAGGAUCGCGAUGGCUACUACAGCGACAGGAAUGAGAUUAUCAGGGAAAAAAGAGAACGAGAUCUUGAUCGUGAUCGUGGAUAUCUAAGCGAUUAUAAUUCGAGAUGUGCCAGUUGCAUUGGCGAAUCUGCUAGGGCUCAAUGGUUCCGGCACUCGGAUGGCUGGCAAUCCGGAAGCUCGACACUUGGUUCCGGUGCAUCCAGCUCCAUGAAUCCUGCUUACUCGGGACACAAAAGAGAAUCACCCUGGGACUCGCUACCAUCUCUGAGACACGAGGGCAGCCUGAACGACAGUGGUUACAAGUCAAAUAGAACCGAUUCUUUGGAACAAAGGAAAGGCGACGCGACCAUUGAAUUAGCAGCCUCGAGAAAGGUUCCUCGCACACGAUUUUCGAACGGGGCCGCUAUGACUCCCAAGGGUACCUUCGACAGGCAGGACAGCGUCAGGUCGGAUUACAUGUCCGACAGGGAUGGCAGAUAUGGUAUCGUGCAACAAGCUUCCCUGGAGAGUACAGACUCGAGGCUCUGCUACUUGACGUCUUCCGAGAUGUCUGACGACGACCGAAUGUCUCUGACGACUGCGGUGAGCGACGAUGACGAUGGUGAAAGUGUCAUUAAUUCACCCUACCGUGGAAAGCAGACUGGUACAGCCGCAGCAUCCUUCAAUUGCACUGGAGCAGUGAGGAAAGCUGGAUUUCUAAGCGUGAAGAAGUGGCUCCUGAGGAAGAAGCAUCAGAUCGAACUAGCCAGGAAACGGGGAUGGAAGGGUUACUGGGUCUGUCUUAAGGGCACGACGUUGCUCUUUUACCCUUGUGAUUCCCAUGAGAGCAGAGCUGUGGAAACGGCGCCAAAGCAUCUGAUUAUCGUGGACGGUGCCAUAAUGCAGCCAAUACCAGAGCACCCUAAGAGGGACUAUAUAUUCUGCUUGAGCACUGCCUUCGGGGAUGCCUAUCUGUUCCAGGCACCAUGUCAAGUGGAACUUGAGAAUUGGGUGAACAGCAUCCACUCGGCGUGCGCAGCUGCAUUUGCUCGUCACCGGGGUAAGACCGGGACCCUGCAUCUUCUACAGGAGGAAAUAUUCCGGCUGGAGAAGGCAAUAGAAUCGAUAUUACUUUACCUCGUUCAGGAUCAUAAGCUGAAGCACAUGGCAGAUCUUCAACAGUCGGUUGUAUCCGACGUGGAAACGAAGCAGCAGAUCAACAAUCAGAUUGUUCAGUGGGAAGAGAAUCUGGAACGUCUUCAUUGUGAACAAUUUCGUCUUAGAUGUUACAUGGCUAGUCUUCAGAGCGGUGAAUUGCCGAAUCCGAAGAGUCUACUCACUCACGUUUCUCGGGCAACGAAGCAGACCCUGAACAAACUUGGGGUCUUCACGGUAUCCUCCUUCCACGCUUUUAUAUGCGCCAGGAGUCCGUCGCUCCUGAAUAAUCUUCUGGCAGGUCGCGGAGCCACCAAGAGAAGACCGCCACUCCUCUCCAGGUCUAAUAGCAGUUCCAGUAGAAGAUCCUUGCAGAUUUCUUCCAGGGAUGAAGAGAAGACCGUCAAGGUGUCGGUGCCGGAUAAUCAGCUCGUUUCGGUAUUUCUACGGGAUGCAAUGUCCGUCGAGGAGUUCCUGGCAAGUGCGUGUAGCAGAAAAGGUCUCAAUCCUAUGGAGCAUUUUGUCAGGGUGAAGAAACGACGCGAUAUGGAGGAUCACAACUAUUUCGUGCCGCAUAGAACAGAUCUGAUAGAGACCUACCUGCAUACCCACGAGAUAGUCGAGGUCUGCGCCAAGAUACUCUACCAAGUAGAACUCCAGAGGAACACCCUGGACCAGAUGUGGGGCUUCUCCGUGGAGGCUGAACUUAUUGAGAAUUCCGAUAGGCAGGACGAGCUUUGCUGCUACGUUAGCAGAGUCGAGGACAAGAGCGUCGCCAUGCAGAAUGGAAUCAUCAAGAGCGAUGAGAUCAUGGUGAUCAAUGGUGCUAUUGUCAGUGAUCUAGACAUGAUGUAUCUGGAAAGCGUUCUUCAGGAGGAGUUAGCCCUUUGUAUGAUGAUGAGAUCAUCGAGAACCGAACCACCAGAUCUUUCUGGUGUGAUGAGAGUUACCGAUGACAUAAUUGAAAGUCUUGUGUGUCCACCGCCUCCUUCGGAUCCACCUGUCAUAAGCGAAGAAAUGAUAUCUGGCUUGAUCGUUCCUGCACCUGGUUGGAGUAAGGAAAGCAUACUACAGGAAUGCUCGGCCGUUUCGCACAUGGAGAACGGGAAGCAGACAUCGAGAACCAAUUCGUUUGAGAUUGAGAAUCUUUUGAAGACGGCUGAACAGGUAACUGGUAUCUGUAGAUCUCCUGGGGAAACCAGGAAAUCCAGUCCUACCGGAAGUGUUGUCAGUUCCCACUCGCAGGCACUAACGCCGAGUCGACAAUUGAGUGACGCUGAGAAGCUGAAGAAAGUGAUUUUAGAAUUGAUCGAGACUGAACGGACUUAUGUAAAGAAUUUAAAUAAUUUGCUGGAAAACUAUCUGGAACCCCUAAAGCGCGAAACUUUCUUGUCGAACGCUGAGAUAAACGCGCUAUUUGGUAAUAUCCAGGAAAUUGUCACUUUCCAACGGCAAUUUCUCCAGAAUCUCGAUCAUGCGAUUGAGAUGGAGUCGGAUUUCAACAGUUUCGACCAUCCGAGUCAAUUCAAGGGUGUCCUGUUUUCCAUUGGAAGUGCCUUCUUAUAUUACGUAAAUCACUUCAAAUUGUACAGCUCAUUCUGCGCCAGUCACUCGAAGGCCCAAAAAGUUCUGCACCCCAACGAAGGAAACCAAGCUUUACAAGAAUUUCUAUCAGCGAGGAACCCACGCCAGCAACAUUCCUCAACUUUGGAAUCCUAUCUGAUAAAGCCUAUCCAGAGAAUACUAAAGUAUCCAUUGCUCUUGCAACAGCUCAGGAAUCUCACGGACGAGCACAGCGAGGAACACCAACAUUUAAUUGAGGCUCUUAAGGGUAUGGAGAAGGUGGCUGAGCACAUAAACGAAAUGCAGAGAAUUCACGAGGAGUACGGCGCCAUCUUUGAUCAUCUGUUUAGACAGCAUCAAAAAUCGUGCAAACAGCCGAUCGACCUUAGCCCAGGCGAUUUACUUUAUUACGGUGGCGUCGAGUGGCUCAAUAUUUCGGAUUUCCUCGGUAAAAUCAAAAAGGGACUUGAAUUACACGCCAUGUGCUUUGUGUUCAAGUCUGCCGUAGUGUUUUUGUGUAAGGAGAGAUUAAGACAGAAGAAGAAGCUCAUGGGAGUUUCCACUAAAGCGAACUCCAGCGAGGUCGAGAUUAUCCGCUAUCAGGUUCUCAUUCCUGUGACAGAGGUUCAGGUCAGGGCCAGUUCAGCGAAAGACAUGGAAUCGCACUUCCUGUGGGAAUUGAUUCACCUGAGAAGUCAAUUACAGCGACGUUCCGAAAAAGUCUACGUGUUGUCUAACAGCACGACGGACUUCAGAAACGCGUUCCUGAAGACAAUCCGGCAGAUAAUUCGGGAGUCUGUACGAAACAUGAGUAUACCUUCGACAAAGCAAAGUAUGCCUCAACCGCCGAUAUCCAUUUCUCCUCGUAUGUCAACCGGACACGUGGAGAAGUUCGAAAAGCCCAUAGGUCAGAGUCAGACACAGAACGGCAACGGCACCGGUCCCGGAACCGGAACUUUGUCAAAGAAGGUGGUGAAGCAGCAAAUGAUGACCAAUCCGCACAACGUUAAGAGAAAAUACAGCCAGUCCAAACAGACGGUGGAUCACGAGAGUUCGGAAGAUAAGGAUUUUGAAGAACCAGCAUCCAAUCAGCCACAGCAGACAACCUUCCGUUCCAGGAGCAAGACCAUAAGCGAUAGUUCAGGCGAGGUCAAGGUAGACAUGGACUCCGGAACAAAAUCCGAGGGUGAAGAGGAUUCUCAGGCUUUUUUAGGCGAGAAGAAAACAAACCUGGGUCGUACCCCAAAUCAUCUAACACUGAGUACCACCUCGACGAUUUCCGCCGGAAGUACCGGUAGCCAGGCCAGACUAAUCCAAUCGUCUCAUCAGCCAGAGAACUAUCAGCCAAUCACAAUCAAGGAGCUUGGUUCGCCGAUAUGGAAGCCGCGAGAGCUACCGUCUCUGGGAGAGGCCACAACUCUGCCGCGAAAGGGUAAGUCGGCGGGCGAGUUCGCGGAUAUGAGCUCGGCACACAGCGCCUCCCGAAAGUCCCUCAUAGAAAUCAAUAAUUGUGCUCAACAAUCUAGCUUUAGUAAUCAUAUUUAAGUUAUCGUAUGUCUUUCAUUAUUGGUACGCGCCUUUAUUGACAUACUUUCAAUCAAUACUUCACAUUACUUGCUCGUUUCCUUAAUUUUUAUUCAGUUUCUUAUUAACUGUACACCUUUUAAUUGACGUCACGAGCAUCAAUUAUAUGCACGUGUAUACAUAUAUAUAUUAUAUAUAAUAUAUAUGCAUAUACCUAUAUAUAUACAAUACAUAAGUUAUCAUUAAGUUUCAUCACCGAGUUAAACGCUAUUAUUCAGCAUUACGCGAAAGGGUAGUAAAAUUCAAGGAUUCCUCUUGCUAUUCAUACUAAACGCCAUUUUUUUUUUUCUUUUGCACCACAUCUUCCUUUUUACAUAAACUUCCUGUUUCGUCGUUCGACCUCCCCAAGGCAAUUUGUCUCAACCCUCUAUAAGACGUCGAACAACAGCACGCUACCCGGUGUCCAAACAAAAAAUUCAUCCUAUCCGCCAUUGCUAGCAGGAAGUUGUCAAUGAGCCUUGAACUCUGACCCAGACUAGGUCAAUCAAUGAUAUCUAUGAUAAGGAGAUAAUUUAUUACAAAAAAAAUGUAAUCCUAUUUUUCUUUUCCCCACUUUUCUUUUCUACUCCUCCCUGCUUAAAACCCUCAGCUCUCUUAUAGCAACAGUGGGUAGCUUGAACAGCAAUUGGAAAUCAUUGAACAUUGUAUAUAAUGUAAUAACGACAUUCUUACGAUUAUUGGGGAUAUUAUCGUCAUCGUAUUAUUAUUUAUUAUUAUUCUUAUUACGAUUACUAUUAACGCAAAUAAUCGAGGUCGUACGAAGAUGGAUUGAGAGAAAACAAAGAAAAAAAAAGAACAACGUAAGAAUUAAGUUAGCGAUUAUAUCAAUUAAAAGUCAUGUGUGUGUAUAUAUAUAUAUAUACAUAUAUAUGCAUACAGAUGAGAUAUGUUAAUCAAUCAAGUGCAUAGUUACGCGCGUUCACACAAUGGAUAAAUAAUACAGACACCGGAUACAAGUUCGGUACGCGGACUUGUUGACGAGCGGAUACGCGAUGACUGUUAUAAGGGUGCGUACACAAGACGUACGGGAGAACAGAAUUUAAUGAAUAUAUAUUAAUCGUCGUUCGGUUGCGCCACCUACUUACCCACCGAGUCGCGCGUCUUCGCCUUUCUCGUCCCCAGGUACCAGGAUUACGCUUGCGAAGAUAGUCUAGCUUAUUUUUAACAUUGAUCAAAGGGUGGCGAUCGAUUAGUGUGGAGAUUGGAGGGAGGAUAGAGGGUGAGAUUGAUAUUAUAUUGAAUUAAUAUAAUUAGGGUGACCGACGUGUAUCCUGGACACGGGGACGACGGGCUUGAUCCAUAGUGACGUGCGUUGAGGAUUAGCACUUAAGGAAUAUUUAGAUACCCAAAUGAAAACGACGUUUAGGUUAGGUUUGUCGCGCCGAUCGUACCGGCGGGCCGUCGUGAGCUUUAAUUAAAAUGGAGUUCAAUGGCGGCGAUGGAUGUGUACUGGUUGGAAGUGGAAGAAGAAAAAAAAAAGGAUAAAGACGUCGGUUAAUGAAUUUAACGAUAAAUGAUUAUGGUAACGAUUGUUAAUGGGGUAUUACGAUAAAUUAAUUAUGUCGAGGGAUUAAUUCAUGUACAUUAGACAACAGAAAGUAUCCACAUAGAGAAAUACCUUUAAAUAUAUAUAAUGCAUAUACAUAUAUUGCAUAGGCGAUAUAUGUUUAUGCGUACUGUCAUGGUCAGUGUAUAUGUGCUUUGUCGCAUGCGGCAUCCGAGAUUUAAUUGGAUUAUGUAAUCGAGAUAUUUAUUUGGUCGAUUAAGGUAUUCGGUAUAUCUUUUUUUAUUGUAUAACUUUGUUCGCCUCCCGCAGCUUUCGUUGAAUUUGUUCUCGAUCGAAGAUUUGUCGAAGUGACUGGAGGUAAUUAGUUGUUAAUGGGGACUUUGAUUGUACGCGUUGGUAGUAACGUGGAAUUAAUUUUUACCGAUUGGCAGGCAUUUUUUGUCUCGACGCACAAUCGACGAUCCUUCGAGUUGAGAACUCUAUUACGUUUUGAGAUAUUUCAUUAUUGAUAUAUUAGUCAAGCUUUGUAUACUUGUAUGAUAUUUAUUUAUAAAUUGCGUCAUUCAAUUUAUGCAUACUUCAAGCCAAUCGUCGGGGGGUUUUCGAAUUUUCAAAUUUUUCUUUGUCGAGGCGACUCGGCCAAGCGGAUUGCUGGAUGGUAUUUCAAAACCGGAAGCGCUUGCCGCGUGCGGCAGAAAGGGAAAGGGAAAAGCGAAUCGAGAGUAAAGAAAAACGUUAAGGGUCCUGAGUUGGUCUGAGAUUUGAGGGGGAAAAAAAGUGGCACUUCAGGAAGAAACCAAAAAAAAAAAUCCUAUACACGUUGCUCGAAUCUUCACGCGUCUCCAAAAAUUUUUUGCACCUUGUCAUUCUUUUUUUUUUCUCAAACUCAUACAGACUCCUCGGGCAGAUUAAAGGCGUUACCGUAAUUUCCGACAAUAUUUCUGCAAAAUUCUGUACGCGUAUGGUAACCACUGGAAAAUCUCGUGCUACGGUUAUUCAAAAUCACAAUUCAACUUUUAACCCAAGAAGACGCACAUUGUUAUUUCCGAUUACGAACUUACUAAAUACCCGAACGAAAAUUUUGCAAAGGUAUUGUACUUGAAAUUCAGUCUGCGGUUUUGCUUCGUUCAAGGGAAAAGAAUUAUAAUGCUACCGGAUAUCCCCACCCCCACCGUUAGCACUUAAUUAAGGUCUAAGAAACCUUACCUACGUAGGUACUCGUUACUCGAAAGAAAGAAAGAGAAAAAAAAUAAUAAUAACAUUAAUAAUAUAUAUAUAUUAUAUAACGUCCCAAUGGGUUCCCAAUGGGUAAACGCCAAGCGAGACGGAAGUAUAAGAAUACUAAAUACUAUAUAUAUAUAUAUAUAUUACCAAGAAUAUAUCUAAUUAAGGUAUCGGUUAAGAUCUGACAGCGAAGAUUAAAUGAAUUAAAAACCAAGUAUAAGAUACCUAUUUAAAAUAAUACUAGGUGACAUAGUUGAUAUUAUAUAUAUACAUACGUAUAUAUACACGUAAAUAAAUUAUAUGUAUAUAUACAUAUAUAUAUAUAAAUUACACAGAACGACCUGCGUUGCUCGAAUUAUUGUAUUAUCGAUUACAUCAAUUUUAUUGUAUAAAUUCUGUCGAGGCGCGUGUUCAAUCGAGAGUGUUCGACCGAUCGGUAUCCGCGUGCCCAUACCAAGGUAUAUAUAUAUAUAUACAUAAUAUAGAAUAAUCGAUUCUGAAUUUCCUCUAGUUGCUGUUUAAUUAUCAUUUACCUUUAAUUGCAAUCUAUUAACGUAUACGUAAAAUACCGUGGCAUUGUAGCUACGGUCGAUGGAUGCUUUGUAAAGAUACUAGUUGAUACUUAUUCUUUUUUGGCCAUGAUUCAAAUUUUAUUGUUCUUUUUUAUAUAUGUAUAUAUAUAUUAAUCUCUUGAUUAUACCUUUAGGUAGUUAUCUUUAGGUACGUAUUUUUAAUUGUAACGAGUUUCAAUGUUUAUUCGUGUGGUGGGAGGCGAAAGGUAGGAUAAAAGAGGAAUGACGGAUGAAAAUGAUCGAGGGGCGCGAAUGAUUGUGAUUUUAUGUAAAAGGGGGAUUGAUUAUCUGUGUUGGACGUUAGGUGAAUAAUGUGAAUGUGACUUUUAGGUUAUGUUCGAUGCGCAAGUGAUUGUCGAUUAUCGACGAAGGAAUACAAUGGUAUACAGAGAAGAUAAGGGUCGACGUUGAUAUUUAAUUGGACUCUUUUUUGGAUUUUGUGAAAUCGAGGGGAUUGAGACUUGGUGGGUAUAAAUACUCUCGCUUGAAAACGUCCCAACAGUUGGCCUAGUGUAACCAAGUUUAAUGUUUUUUCGCGUCCACUCUGCUAACCCGCCAGCCAAUGAGAUAUUUCGACUUUGAGAUCCGAAUUGGAUUAUUCGAUUAUCGAGCCGUUAUUAUAGAUUCUUCCAGAAAAUUUUAUUCGUAUAAACUUUAUCGCUACCGUUGAAAAUAUAUUUGAGGAUAAUGGGGGCGGCCCGGAGUUUAGUCACGUUUUCAUUAACGUGCUGUGUUUACUUAUUAUGUACCAAUGGAGUCCGUUGCGACUGGAUCAAUUAAUUGUUAACGACUCGUGAGCUUUUACGGAACCGGCUGAGCGUUUGAAUCGUGUUCUAAAAGUUACGAGGGAGACGCAGAGAGUCAGGCUUAAGGGGAAUGAGAUGUUAAUUAAAUAAUAGUAUACAUUGUAAUUGUGAAUUACGUUUACGAUUUUACUUGUAAAUCGUGGAUCGCGUGUUAUUGACUCUCUGCGCGAAGCCAGUUUUGAGGUUAUAAAGAGAAGGGAACGAUCGAUUCGAUUGGACGGGUACAUAAUUUAUCUAGGGUGGGGAUUAAAUAUGGUAAUAACCGGAAGUAAGGAUACUACUUAUAUGUCUUUCGAUGAAUCUUCCUUUCGUUAUUGUAAUUAUUAAGUCGUGCGCUUACGUAUAAGUGAAAAUCCUAUGGUAUUAUUAUAUAGUGACAAAGGUGUUGCGUUUCUUUCUCGAGAACUGUUAGCGUAUAACUAUCGUAAUUCGUGUUAUCGAUUACGACGACAUCCGGUUUAUUACUGAACGAUUAUUAAAACGUGUAUUUAUUAUCGUUGUUCUUCGGUUUUUUUUUAACGUGACACACGUUUAACGAACGAUCCAUUUGUACAAUCAUUGCGUCAUUAAAAUAUGAUUAUUCAUUA